GGGCAAAUGUCUUCUCCCAGCUUCAACAACGCUGCAGCUUAUCUCUCUUCCGCACCAUCAUUGUCUAAAACCUCUUCAACGGUAAAGCUCGAGUUGUAUGGAUUGUUCAAGUACUUGACCUCCUCAAAAUCACCAACAACAUCUCGUCCCUCCAUAUUUGACCUGACAGGCCGCGCCAAGUGGGACGCAUGGAGUGCAGCGGGAGAAAAGUAUGAGAAAGGAAAGGAUGCGGAAAGCAGAUACAUUGAGAUCGCGCGAACUUUGGGCUGGACCGAGGGCGCGCCUGAAGCACGACCAGUUGUAGAUACUGCUGCUGAAGACAUAUGGGACGACGACGUUGACGAGGGUGCGUCUGGAAGCCGUAGUGGUGGUAGUGGUGGGAUGGGUUUAUCAGUUAGCACAAUGCCCGUCCCACCAAAAGUGGAUGACAGAACUAUUCAUGGUCUUGCCGUCUCAAAUGACUUUGCUGGACUCACUGCGCUUCUGGCACAACAUCCAGAGACAGACUUGAACGAGCUCGAUGAAUUUGGAUAUUCGCCCCUCCAUCUCGCCUGCGAUAGAGGGAGUCGAGAGAUUGUCAGACUCUUGCUAGACAAAGGUGCUGAUGCAACCAUAAAGGAUCCUGAUGGGCUUUCGCCGCGAGAGCUUGCCAAUGUGGCUGGUCACAAUGAAAUUGAAGCAAUCCUAGCGUCGUCUAAUUAAACAUCAUCCUAUAUGCCGCAUAAGUUUGAGUCUGCAAUAGAUCGAAUUCUGGGUGAGAUUUAUAUGCUCACAAUCCGCUC